GCUCUCAGGCUUCUCUCUGAUAUGACUUAUAAGCCUUUUGUUUUCAAUUACAAUUCAGAGGCAUUUUUAUCGAUAAAAAAGUUCAGAAUAAAGGCUGAAGUUAGGAUAUCAAAAUCUUUUUAGAAUCCAGGCACGUUUUAAUGACAAGUUGGAUAAACUUUCAUUCUUCAGGAAGACGACCAAACAGAGAAUCGAAUGAACUUGUGCCUUUAUUUACUCUAUGAUGUUUUCGCUUAAAUAUCAGAUUUAUGAAUGAAAACGUUUGAUAUGUUGCUUAAAAACAAUAAAGUAAAGCCUCAAAAAUGUUUUCCUUUAUAUAUUAAUAUAUUUAUCAUCGAUAUUAACGAUUACAUGUCAUUACAUGUGUGUAAUGUGCGUGAUAUAUCAGUAGAGACCGUGUUGUUAGAGUGAUUUGUUUGAAUAUUAACUAAAUUGCUUUAAAAUUAUUUAUACUAAAAUAAAACUUUUUAUAAUCUUUAAUCGUGUUAAUCAUAAAUUAUUACGUAUAACAAGAUGUUUGAUUCAGAGCACGCCACAUCAAGACGCGGAGAGCAGCACGUUAUUCUUCAAGAAUAUAACGAUAUCGUCGACGAGCUUAAGCGGGAUUUAGAGAUUUGCAAAACAGAGCAAAAUGGUAUACGCUCUCAGCUUCAGUCUCUGCAUAUUGAAACUAAAGACGGUAAUGAUGCUGUACGUGAUUAUAUUUCACGCAUCCACCUGGAAGAAUGCAACAAUGGAGAUGUACACGACAAGAUAAUCACGAAUUUAAAAGAACAUAUUACAGUCUUGCAAAUGGAGAAGGACUCUGCAGUGCAGCUAUGGCAAGUGUCGAUGAAAGCUGUCGACGCUCUGGAACAGGAAUUAAGAACUCGUCCAGUAGAUGGUAAAGAUAUAAAAUUCUAUGAAGAACAAUUAAAAGAUGUCAGGCAAUCAUACUCAGAAGCUAUAAAGGCUCUGGAGAGCAAGUUACUUCAAGCCAAAGAAAAUUUUGCAAAACAGCAGUCUCUAUGGAUGUCCAGCAAGGAAACAAUAGAAACUUUACAGCGGGAGAAGCAGGAAUUGAUGAAGAAAUUUCAAGAAUUUCAACAGGACGCUCAGCAGAGAGACAGGAAUAACCAGCAGAGAAUACAAUCGCUGACAGAGGAGUUGUCUGCCGCGAGGGCAGAAACGCAGAGGAUAAGUCAUUUAAAGUCAGACCUAGAAAAGAAAUUGAACGAGAGCAGAAAAGUCGCCGGCAAUAUACUGGCAAAGAACGAGGAAACGAAAUGUAAGAUGGCCGAGGCUCUGGAUCUGAUAGAGUCCGCUGUGAGGGAGAAGGAUUUCGUGUUGCAGAGAGAGGCGCAAGUUGUAGAGCAGAAAGCUAAGCUGGAGGCACGAUUGGCCUCUAUCGCUGAGGAGCACAUAGCUAAGAUACAAAGCGAGAUCACAAAGCUGAAAGACGCUCACGAGCACAACGUGAAGAAAUAUCAAUUGGAGAUCAAGGAGCUGAAGUCGGAAUUGCGAGAAAAGGCGACGCUGUUGGAUCGCUCAGAGAGAGAGAGCAGAUUGGCGGAAGAGGAACUCGAGAGAGUGCGCCGGGAUUCCGAGGAUCUACUGGCGAAAUCGAGCGCUAAGUUGCUGAAUUUUGAACAAGCGUUGAAACAAGCGGAUUCCAGACUAGAAGCGUACAACGAGACGUCCGAAAAGCAGUACAGUUCAGAGAUGCACCAGUUGCGGGAGAAGAUCGCUGGUCUGGAGGAAAAGCUGGCGGUCUCGAAUGAGAAACUGAGUCAGAUUCAACAGCAAAGUUCCUUGGAUGUGCGAGAUCGCCUCAAAUCGACGGACGAAAGGACGAAAGAUGCAAUCGACCGUUAUAUUGAUCUGGAGAGCCAGCUGAUGAGAGCCGCGGGCGACAAGGAAUCCUUGGCGACAGAAUUGAAGUCGCUACAGUCUGCUUUCGAUCGCGAGAUACACAAGCGAGACUACGAACGACGCACGUUGGAAAGCAGGAUCCGCGAGCUGGAAGCGAAUCUGCAAGAGGCGAAUCACGUGAUAGAGAAUAAAUCUGACAAUGUUCCUCCGAUACAGGUUCCCUCGCAGCAUCGCACGGAUACGAUAAAUAAGCAUACUUUGGACAUACGAUUAGAAAAUAUGGAUCACAAUUGGCAUUCCUUAGUAUCCGAACAGCUGAGCAAGCAGCAGGAACAUUUUGACAAAAAAAUGAAAGAAAUGACGCAACAUGUGACAAUUCAUCAAAAAUUAAGCAAAAAAUGGAGAGAAGAAGCAAAAUCUUUAACGGCACGAUUUCAAAUAAAAUCUAAGGAAUUACGCGGUAAAAUAAGUUUAUUACGCAAAGAAAACACUGAGCUUCAUCAAGCGCUACUGGCUUGCAAGCAGCAAUUUACCCAAUAUAGAAUGGACACUAUUCACAGUUAUGUACAAGGACCUGAGACCAGGUGACAACAUCCUCUGCUAGAUACAAAACGAUCGCGACGGAUCUCGGGCGCUGUAAAUAUUCUAGAUUGGUCGAUUUUAUUUACGAGAAAGAUCGCAAGAAACAACGUGAACAAUUUUCUUUUGAAAA